AUGAGUUACUCUACACCUGAAUGGCCCCAGGACAUCCUGGACAGAGUGAAGGCGGCCUACCACGAACCUACCCAGCGUGAACGCACCGCAGAAUUCCCAAUCCCCUACAAAUUCGUCGUCUUCAACGAGAACCCCGACAUGUCGGAACCCGAAAUCGAAGGAAUCUUUGAUACACUAGAGGAGGCGAACGAGGCCGCUUUGGCAGACUUCAGAGACUCAUAUCCUGAUUUCCUUGGCCAGCAAAGGGAUAUGUCCAACGUUUACGAGAAGGGAACCAAACAAGAGCAGGAGAAUGAGAUUGUGUGGGAAAUUAGUCCUCGUGGUGAGUUGAAGUUGGUCGCUACUGAAGCUAGUAUGGGCGAGCAAUUUUUGGUUUGGGUCGAGGCGCAUGGAAAUUAA